GUGAUUACAUUUCUUUAAAAUCCGCUGUUCACUUAAAAAACACACACAACCCAUUCACAGUGAGUGGUUUUAAGACAUGGUUUCUGGCGUUAAAUACGACGAACUUGUUUAAACCACAGGGAAAGACAGACGGCGGCUUUGUGAGAGGGGGAAAUAUCUCGGAAUGGAACGCGGCCAAAGGAGAUUUAGCCGCUCUUCUCAUCACGAUACUACAACAAGGAAAAAGUGGCAAAGCGGACCAGGAUAUAAUUGAACCGAAGCGUAAACAACGCGUCCAUCAAGGGGCAACGGGGUCAGCGAGGCUUAACCGGCUGCGUUCACCGCUCCGUUCCCUCCGCAGCUCCCCAGCGGCAGCCGCAGGCUCCCCCGGACACCAUGGUUUGCGCUCCUGUGAGCAGCAGGGAGUUUGUAGUCGCUUCGGCUGAACUGAAAUGAGCAGUGUUCCAUAGAAAAGCGGAGGCAGCGUGUCUCCACAACAAUUCCCAGCGUCUAUUGUGUGAAAGCAGCUCGUCUCGAAGAUGGGGCACCCUCCUCUGGAGUUCAGUGACUGCUACAAGGACAGUCCAGACUUCAGAGAGACCCUCAAGUGUUAUGAAUUGGAGCUGGACAGGACGAGCAAAUUUCUCAAAGAGUUGAUCAAAGAUGGGAACAGUGUCAUCACCGCAAUCAAGGGCUAUUCCUUGGCAGUGCAGAAGUUUUCCCAGACUCUCAGUGCAUUCCAGUUCGACUUUAUUGGCGACUCCCUGACGGAUGACGAGAUUAACAUUGCUGAGUCAUUCCAGGAGUUUGCUGGACUCUUGCAGGAAGUGGAACGUGACAGGAUGAUGCUGGUCCAGAAUGCAUCCAAUCUCCUCAUCAGGCCCUUAGAGAAGUUCAGGAAGGAGCAGAUAGGCGCAACAAAAGAAAAGAAGAAGAAGUUUGAGAAAGAGGGUGAAAAAUAUUACUCUCUGCUCGAUAAACAUCUGAAUAUCUCUGCCAAGAAGAAGGAGAGUCAACUUCAAGAGGCUGAUGACCUCCUUGAUAGGGAGCGGGUGAAUUUCUAUGAUUCAUCAGUGGAAUACGUAUACCAGAUCCAUCAAGUUCAGGACAGGAAGAAGUUUGACGUUGUGGAGCCGGUGCUGGCAUUCCUUCACAGCAUUUUAACUCUCAACAACUUGACAGUGGAGAUGACUCAGGACUUUAUGCCUUAUAAGCAGGAGCUGCAGCUCAGCUUGCAGAAUUCUAGAAACCACUAUGAGAGCACUUGUGAAGAGUUGGAGGAGCUGAUGAAGAGGAUGAAGCAUCCUUCUCAAAUCUCAAAGAUGCAAAACUUUCUGCCGAUGGAGGGUUAUUUGUACUGUCAGGAAAAGCGGGCUUUGGGUGCAUCAUGGGUCAAAUAUUUUUGCAAAUAUCACAAGGAUGGGAGAAUGCUGAUCAUGGUGUCCUGUGAACAGAAGCCUGCAACAAAACAGGCCCCAACGAUACUCACCCUGAAAUCCUGCAUCCGCCGCAAGACCGACUCCAUAGACAAGCGCUUCUGCUUUGACGUGGAAACCGUGGAGAGAAACGCACCCGUCACUUUCCAGGCCCUUUCGGAGGGGGACAGGAAGUUGUGGAUGGAGGCCAUGGAUGGGAAAGAGCCUAUUUAUCACUCCCCCAUUCACAAGCAAGCAGAAAUGGAACUAAACGAAACUGGAUUCAAGUUUGUGCGAAAGUGCUUCAACUACAUUGAAACUAAAGCCGCCACACAAGAAGGAGUGUACAGGACAGUCGGCAGCAACAUCCAAGUGCAGAAGCUCCUGAACGCCUUCUUUGAUCCCUCAAAUCCUGGAAAUGUGGAUCUCAACAGCAGCGACUGGGAUGAUAAAACCGUUACAAGUGCAUUAAAGUUCUACCUGAGGAAUCUUUCUGAACCUCUAAUGACCUACGAUCUGCACGGAGAACUCAUGAGCGCUGCAAAGUCUGAUAAUCUGGACUUUCGACUGAGUGAAAUUCAUUCACUCAUCUACAAAGUACCGGAGAAGAAUCGUGAAAUGUUGGAGAUGCUUAUUAGGCACUUAGUAAACGUGUGCAGCCACAGUGAUGAAAACCUGAUGACUCCCUCCAACAUGGCAGUUAUCUUCGGCCCCACACUCAUGAGAGCGAAGGAGGAGACGGUGGCGGCCAUGCUUGAUAUCAAGUUCCAAAACAUUGUGGUUGAGAUCAUGAUCGAGGACUACAACAAGAUCUUCACUUGCAUGCCAGAGGACAGCGCCUUCCCACCUGUCCCUCCUCCUCGGAUCACGCCGAGAAAGCGGCAGCCAAUCACCAUCUCCAAGCGGCCUGCUCGCGUUUUCCAUCCUCUUACUCAUGAGCAAGUCCGCGACGCAGAGAAUGGGCAGAAAGACACCUCUGUGGUGGAUGGGGAUGUCUCAGCGAGCCCCAAACCCAUAAAGCCGAUGAAACCCAUGAGCUGUGCCCCACUCGCUCCAAGAGAACCUCCUUCGAGGCAAACGGGGAUCUACAGGCCGGCCAGCCGCCAGGACCGGCCGCCCGACUCCGACGCUGAGAAGUUGAGCGAUGUGAGACAAAAGCCAGACUCUUCCCCAGCAGCAAACGGGGAUUCUGGGGUCUUUGUGAGUCGAGUGCCGUCGUUCCAACGUCAGAAAGCUUCUCCGAAGGGAACGUCAGCCAACCGAGAAGGACAUUCUGAUGGUGUAACCAAAACAAAGUCUGCAGAGAAACAUCCCAUUUGUCGACCCCCCAUCAGGCCCCCUGAGCCCCCAUCCAGAUGUCCCGCUCCACAAAAACUCCCAGUUGCAGCCAGCAGUGAGGGCACGCCCACAUCUUAUGUUGCAUCAAAGACCAAGUUUUUUGAGAAUGCCUCCAGACAAGUUGUCAGCCCUCCAACCUCUUCGCUAUCCUCAGUCGUGACAAAUGUGAAGAAAGAGAACUGAAGUUAAGAGGUGGAACAGUGGACGACCUGGACAGAUGUUUUCAGCUGCACUUUUCAGAUUCCAUGAGAAAGAGGCUCCCAUCAGAUCUGAAAGGGUUUGUUUGGGUUUCAGCUGAUUAUCAGCUGUGUGACUGCAUGGUGUUGUAAAGCAACACAACGUCAAACUCGAUCGUCAUUCCCCAACGCGUGUUGCAUUGUUCAUCAAAUCUUGUCUUCUUGCUAUUUUGAUUUGUUAAUUUAUUUUGGGUUUUUUUUUCCAUUGUUACUUGCAUAAAGUAACCACUGUGCUGGUUAUGACUUGCAGUGCUAACAGUUGG